CUGGACGAUCCAGUGACAGAUGUAUGCUGACAAUUUAGAAAUUAAAAUUUGGGUGAAGAAUUGAGAAGGCAAGUCUCUGGUCCCUGUACACACAGCCAGAGUCACCCCCCGGCGUGCCGCACCCCCAGAGGAAGCAAGCUGAGAAGCUGCUGUCUGCUCAGACCUCAUCAAGCAGCCAUGAAAUCCCUGCUUGCAGAAAACUUAGAAGACUGCCUGCUGCACAAGGUGGAUUUGCGCCGCCAGUGGGUUUCCCAGAUUGUGGAAGAGGUGCAGAAAAUCGUCCAGCGUCUGACCACAGAGAUCAGCCACCGGGAUGUGCGAUUCCAAGCUGUCCCCUACUCCGAGACGUACAACGGGAACAUCAAGGUUCUAGGGCCCCACCAGCUCCUCGUCAUGGUCCCCGUGAAAGGCCUGGCGGGGUACCGGGGGGCCCGGGAGCGGCGCUGGCGGUACUACACUCUACAGGGUGGCCGGCUGCCCUGCCCGCUGCGGGACCCCGAGGCUCUGCAGCAGUGGCUGGCGGUGGAGCAGUUUGCAAAGAGCCUGUGGCAGUGGCACGAGGAUGACGUGAACAUCGAGGGGGACAUUGUGCCCGCCAAGGUCCUCCAUGUGCUCCGGAAGCUGGUGGAAAUGGCCAUCGGCGCCUGUGGCCUCGCAGAUAAGGUCAGCAUGCUAGCCAACAGCUGUUCGGUCCGGGUCGUGGUGCAGACAUCUGUGUGCCAGGUAGAGCUGCAGCUGGCCCCCGCCGUGGAGAUCCCCAGCGCCUGGCCCGAGAAAGCCCGGUGGCCCCGAUGUCCGAAGCGCUGGCCCUGCCCCGAGAGGGUCAAGUGCAUCAAGUCCCUGGGGUUCACCUUGCUGGCCUGUUCCAACUACCACUGGCAGCUGAGCUUCCUGCGGGCCGAGCAUGUGCUGCUGGCUCAGCUGGACGAGGACGGCGGCUGCCGCCGGAGGUGCUUCCAGGCCCUGAGGCAGAUGACGGAGGACGAGUGGUGUCCGGGGAAGCGGCCCGUUCUCACGGCGCACCACCUGCAGACGGUGCUCUUCUGGACCUGUGAGAAAUACCCGCAGCCCAGGGACUGGCAGGUGUUCAGCAGGGCCUUCCUGCGGCUGGUGAGGAAGCUGCACAAGUGUGUGAGCCAGCACUUCCUGAAGCACUACUUCGUGAGGAAGAGCAAUCUCCUGCAGUACGCCAACUCGGGCGAGCUGGACGCCGUGGCCCAGAAGCUGGACCACUUCCUGAAGAACCCCCACAUCAGCCCGCCCUGAGGCUGCCGGCCGGGGUUCUUGGACACUUCAUUCGGCGUGUCCUCAAUCUCUGGGGGUGGGCUCCUCACAGCCUGCCCAGGAGGAAGUGACGAAUGGCAGAGAAAAGUGCAUCGACCCAGCAGGCUCGGGGGCCCAACUGGGGCCCAGGCGUGGACCCAGCGGCCAGCCGAGCGAGCCAGCUAGGACCCUCGCCAGGAGGCGGCCCCGGUCUUGACUUCCCUCGCCCAGGGUCCGAUCGGCCGGCAGGGAGGAUGGAAACCAGCGUCUCAGCCUGCUGCUGGCAGUGUCCUGCGGCCACUGACCAGGGCUCCUUAGUCUUCCAUUUGUAAGAUGGGAUUGUCCACUGCCCCUCGGAGCGGCCCUGUCCCUGGGCCUUUGAGGGGAAGGCAAUGGACCCACAUCAAGCAGUGCCCGUUGGCCGGCCGGCGCGGGAGCUGGUGUGGGAGUCCUGGAUGUCCCUGUGGCCCACAGCUCUUCCAGGCCGCAGGUCAUGGCCAUGGCUGUCCGCUUCCCUGGUGCUCUGUGAGCAGGACAAAGUGGGUAUGAGCAGUGUAAGUCACGCGUGAAGUCAUCCUGCCUCCUGGCCGUGCCCUGUGUCCCCAGACCCUGCGUCAGGGGUGGGGCUCACGCCUGCACAGAGUGGGCUCAGGCCUGUGGCCUGCACGGAAUGCUUUGGGGUCACUGGCCUCUCACACCCUUCCUCAGCUCACACCACUCACUCCUCGCUCACCGGUCCAUGGGUGCCCGGUGGGCUGCGGGGCUGCAGCCAGGAGCACGGCCGGGACUUACCGUUGGGUGGCAUCUGAUUCGAAGACCGGAAGUAACAGAUAAGCAGAUGUGAUGACUGUCAUCAUCGCAAGUGUCCUGCGGACAGAGGACUGAGCUAGAGCCAGUGAGAGCUUUGCAGGAUGAAAAGGCAAACAGCGGCAGAAGAAGGAAGGAGGUGGUGGGGGACCGGCCAGGUGGGCCGGCCACGUGCCUGGGGAACCCGGGAAGGCACUUGAGUGCUGCUAAGUAAAGCUGUGACACUGGCACUGGCUGCUCCAGAAGCAGUGGCGGCUGUGAUCUGAUUCACAUUUUAAAUGUUGAUGCUUGUGACUGCACUAAGGGUUGGGGCCACAGGGAGCCCUCGGGGUUCACCGAGCCCCCUCAGGCCACCAGCCUGCACAGACAUUGACGCGGGUUUCUAGGAGUUCUGGGUAAUUCGGUGAUUUCUUCUGACGUUCGCUUUACGCUUCUCAACUCAAGGGAGUCUUUUAUGACUUAGAGUAUGUUCCCCAAAUGAGUAACAGUGAAAUGUCUAAAAGCAUGAGCUGCUGAUUUUUUCCAACAAAAAGGCACAUUUGCAAAUUAAAACAAUUAUCUUCACAAAUGUCUUGGAGCUAAAUGGGACCCUGGGUGCUCACAGAGGAAAUCUUGGCCAACGGCAGCUUGAUCACCUGAAAUGGACAGUGCAGUGCUUUGCUCAGUCCUGGAAAUGUUUAUGUAUUCUCAUCUUCUUGCACCUUGGGAACAUUCCUGAGAAGGUGGCAGGUAUAGGAAGGUUUGGUUUGGUUUUUCAGGAUAAAGAAAGCUAACGCGAGUUUUAAAACAGCUGUACAGCACCGGACGCCAGAAAGUCUAAGUUGGCUGUAUCAUUGCUUCAAAAACACAUAUGUAUUCGGAGAGGGUGGGCGGGACCCGCAGACGCCAGCCUGCUCCCCCUAGAUCUUCCCACCUUUCCUGAAGACCCGGUUCUGGAGUUCUGCGGGGCGCGUUCCUGCGAGUUCCCGCUGCUGGCCAGCAGAGGGCGGUGGGGGACCACGCAGGAGAGGAGGCAGCAUCCUGCAGGAUGCUCCUCUAGCCGGCAGGUGUCCCAGCCCGAAGGCACACCUGGCGCCCCCCAAAAGAGAACCAGGGACACUGGAUUCCAGUUGAUGAUGCGUUGUUGACCUUUCUUGCCACUGGCCCAAAAUGAGUCUCUGCUUAGUUCGGAUUUUGAAAAGGAGAGGCUACUCCUGGGUAAUUCGGUGAUUUCUUCUGACGUUCCUGGGACAGAAAGCACAGCUCUGAGGAUCCUGGAACAUGCUUCUCCGUUUUGGUCUUCCCGUAUUUAUCUGUCUGUCUGUCUGUCUAUUACCUGUCUACCUCUGUCUAUUAUCUAUCUAUUAUUUAUUAUCUGGCUAUCUAUUAUCUACCUACCUGUCUGUCUGUUAUCUAUCUACCAGCCUGUGUGUCUAUUGCCUACAUUUCUGUCUAUCUCUCCUUCCAUCCAUCGCCUAGUAAUAAAGGCUCCAUG